AGACAUUCGACUGUGCUGUUCUCUAAGUUUUUUGGUGCUGCUUGAAUUCAAGAGCACUCCGGCAAGAACCGUACAGUUACCGAUACCCAUUCGUUCUUCAUAUAUUUUGCGUGUAUCACAACAUAGAUCCUACUGCUGCUCUGCAGAUAAAUAUAUUUAUAGUGUACUCGUCCGUUUUUGGUUUGUUAAAUGAACGCAGAUUCUGUAACGCCGCAGACGAGCGUUUCAGCAUAGACGUAAAACAUCGACAGAUUCUUAUUGUUUUUUUUUUUUCUGUUUUGCCUGCACACGCCGGUGUCAACGCCCACCGCACCGGUUUUGUUUUCUCAUCGUACCGGGAUCUUCUCUCCGUCACAUGUUUCUUUUCCCAGCUUCCAAACCGGCUCUUCGAUCGCCAUCACCAACGUGGUCUGUUUACGACGAACAGUGGGGCGACGAUGAUGCGCGAGGCGUGGAGGCGGAGCCGUGUGAUGAACAGGCGAGCGCCCUGCAUCAACACCCAAAUACCACGCGGCGUUUCGCGUACAUCUCGUACCCACCGCAGGCGUCGACGCUGAAGGGCAGCAGGUUGAAAAAGAAGGCGCCCAUCCGUCGAGGUGCCCAAGGCGCUGUCUACGCCGCGUACGACACAAGCGCCGCUACUUCGGGUGAGAAAGCAGCGGAGGUUCAUGCGGAUGUCGCCAGUGAGAAGUGUCCGUUGCGUUCUCGCGACAUGAAGUGGCCUCCGCAGCAGCCGGCAGCGCUCGUGGCGGUGAAGCGCAUUUUCAUUCAAUCGAACGACUUCGGCGCGCGUGACAUUUCGGCGACGGUGCUGCGCGAGGUAACGCUUCACCGCUUCGUGUGUGCACAACAGGAUCGAUACCCGACACAGGAACGCGGCUUCCCUACGCCGCCGUCGCCGCCGUCGUCGUCUUCCGGUAUUCAAAACGGUAUCGCAACUGGAGUGGAGACCACGAGCGGUACGCUCCCCCAAAGUAGAACGUGUCUUGUCGAUGACUCCGCGCGUGUGCUGCGCCUUCAUCGCAUUGUGGAGGCACCGCAUAAAGAAAUGUGUCUGGUGCUGGAGCUCGCGGCCACAAAUCUGGAGCGCCUUCUCGUUCCGCUUGCUGGGCACGGGAUAGGCGGAGUUGGUGGUGGCCGCCGAAAGAAGCCGGGCACUGUAACGCUGUUUGGCGGGCUUGCGACUGCCGGCGGCAGUGGCGCAUGCUUGGGUGUUUCAUCCGGACUUGGUGGGAUAAAUGGAUUAGGGACUAUACCUUCUAGCGACGCGACGGACCCCAGCAGCAGCAGCUCACGGUGUCCCCUGCUGAGCCAGGUGUCUCUCGUACGCUACGUCAUGCGGCGUCUGUUGCGUCUUGUGUGUUUCCUGCACGAGGACUGCGGCGUCGUGCACCGCGACCUGAAGCCGAGCAACGUUCUGGUGACGGAAGAUGGCGGGCUGCGACUCGGCGACUUUGGUUCCGCCCGCUUCGUGCCCCCGGCAGUACCGAACGAGAAGCCAACCGAAACGUCUCCUUCACUUGGGGCUCCUUCCAUCAACACCGCUGCUGCUUUUAUCGUCGCUUCGACCACGAGAGAGUCCCUCGAGUGCACGCCGCCGUCGAUGCGGACAACGCUGCACUACCGUCCACCUGAGGUUCUCUUCGGCGAUCAGUCGUGCGGCCCGGCUGCGGAUGUGUGGGCGCUGGGCGUGAUGUUCGCGCAGCUGCUGUUGCAGAAGAAUCUGUUUCGCGCGGAGAGUGAGCUGGACUUGCUCGGGCAGAUUCAGAAGCUGCUGGGCAUGCCAGCGAAGACGCCGCCGUGGAUUAGGCCUGCCGUCGCCGGGUCGCACGACGGAGACGCAGGACAAGCCGAAGCAUCGAUCGAGGCCCCAUUUGCGGUUGCUACUGCCACCAUGGUACAAGCAAGUUUGCCCCACAAGCUGCACGCCGGCAUCGUUUCUGCGGAGGGGCUGGACCUGGUGACGCGGAUGCUGAAUCAGAUGCCGGAGUACCGCCUCACAGUGCGGGAGGCGAUGACCCAUCCCUUCCUGAAUCCAGGCGCCGUAGAUGCGCAGCGGACGGAGGAGGAUGACAAAGCAGGACAGGUGCUCUGGAAGGAGAAGGUGGCUCAGGUACUGCAGGGUGGGCUGUCAGCAGAAGGUGCGUCGGCGAGUCUGUUUGGCGCGUUGGCUUUGAACACGAGACCGACGUUUUUGGGCCUCGGCAAUGAUGACGAAGGCGACGAAGAUGACGAGGAGGACGAAGACAGGCUGGGCGGGCUCUCCCCCUUUCGUGUGAACCUGGGCGGCAACUAUUCACCAUAG